AGCAGACCUAAGAGUUUUGGAGCCAUUAUUUUCUCUUCACGGCAGCAACUUAAAAUGUCUGGGAAGAUAGUCGUGAUCUUUGGAGCCUCAAAUAUACUUUGGAUAGUGUUUGCAGCUUCUCAAGAUUUUAAAAUCGAGACCUCCCCUGAAUCCAGAACUCUUGCUCAGAUUGGUGACUCCAUCUCAUUGAUUUGCAACACCAUAGGCUGUGAAUCUCCAUUUUUCUCUUGGAGAACGCAGAUGGACAGUCCACUGAACGGGGAGGUGAGGACUGAAGGGACCAGGUCCGUGCUGAUCAUGGAUCCUGUCAGUUUGCAGAAUGAACACUCUUACCUGUGCACAGCAACUUGUGGAUCUGAGAAACGGGAGAAACAAAUCCAGGUGGAGAUCUACUCUUUCCCUAGGGAUCCCGAGAUUCAUUUGAAUGGCCUUCUGGAAGUCGGAAAACCAAUCACAGUCAAGUGUUUGGUCCCUGAUGUGUACCCAUUUGACAAGCUGGAGAUAGAUUUACUGAAAGGUGACCAUCUCAUGAAGAAUCAGGAAUUUCUGGAGGUUAUGGAUAGGAAGUCCCCGGAAACCAAGAGUUUGGAAGUAACCUUUACUCCUAUCGUUGAGGAUAUUGGGAAAGCUCUUGUUUGCCGAGCUAAAUUACAUGUUGAUGAAACUGAUUUUGCACCCAAAGAAAGGGAGACUACAAAAGUACUGCAAGUCUACAUCUCACCCAAAAAUACAGUUAUCUCUGUGAAUCCCUCCACAAGGCUGCAGGAAGGUGGCUCUGUGACGAUGACAUGUUCCAGUGAGGGUCUACCAGCUCCAGAGAUUUUCUGGAGCAAGAAAUUAGAUAACGGGAAUCUACAGCUCCUUUCUGGGAAUGCAACUCUCACCUUAAUUGCUAUGAGGAUAGAAGAUUCUGGAAUUUAUGUGUGUGAAGGAGGUAAUCUGAUUGGGAAAAGCAGAAAAGAAGUGGAAUUAAUUGUUCAAGAAAAACUGUUUACCAUUGAGAUCUCCCCUGGGCCCCGGAUUGCUGCUCAGAUUGGGGACUUGGUCGUGUUGACAUGUGGUGUCACAGGCUGCGAGUCCCCAUCUAUCUCUUGGAGAACCCACACAGACAGCCCUCCGAAUGGGACGGUGAGGAGUGAAGGGACCGAGUCCACACUGACCCUGCACCCUGUGAGUUUUGAGAACGAACACUUUUAUCUGUGCUCAGCGACCUGUGGACAAAAGAAAGUGGAAAAGAGAAUCCAGGUGGAGCUUUACUCAUUCCAUAGUGAUCCAGAAAUUAAGAUGAGUGGUCUGCUAGUGCAUGGAAACCCUGUCACUGUAAGCUGCGAAGUUCCUAAUGUUUACCCUUUUAACCAGUUGGAGAUUGAAUUACUUAAAGGGGAGACUAUUGUGCAGAAUAAAGUAUUUUUGGAGGAAAUGGAUAGAAAAUCCCCAGAGACCAAAAGUUUGGAAGUGACCUUCAUCCCCACCACUGAAGAUACUGGAAAAGUUCUUGUUUGUCAAGCUAAGUUACAUAUUGGUGAAAUGGAAUUUCAACCCAAACAAAGGCAGAGUACACAGACACUUUAUGUCAAUGUUGCCCCUAGGGACACAACCGUCUUGGUCAGCCCAUCCCCCAUCCUGGAGGAAGGCAGUUCUGUGAAUAUGACAUGCUCUAGCAGUGGCCUUCCAGCUCCAAAAAUCCUGUGGCGCAGGCAGUUAAAUAAUGGGGAUCUACAGCCUCUUUCAGAGAACACAACUAUCACUUUAAUUUCUACAAAAAUGGAAGAUUCUGGUACUUAUGUGUGUGAAGGGAUUAACCAGGCUGGAAUAAGUAGAAAAGAAGUUGAAUUAAUUAUCCAAGUUGCUCCAAGAGAUAUUCAACUUAGAGCUUUUCCCUCUGAAAGUGUCAAGGAAGGAGAUACUGUCAUUAUCUCCUGUACAUGUGGAAAUUAUCCAAAAACUUGGAUAAUACUGAAGAAAAAAGCAGAGACAGGAGACACAGUGCUAAAGUCUACAGAUGGUGCAUAUACCAUCCGCAAGGCCCAGUUGGAGGACGCAGGAGUGUACGAAUGUGAAUCAAAAAAUGAGGUUGGCUCACAAUCAAGAAGUUUAACUCUUGAUGUUAAAGGAAGAGAAAAUAACAAGGACUAUUUUUCUCCUGAACUUCUCAUGCUCUAUUUUGCAUCCUCCCUAAUAAUACCUGCUAUUGGAAUGACCAUUUACUUUGCAAGAAAAGCCAACAUGAAAGGGUCUUACAGUCUUGUAGAAGCACAGAAAUCAAAAGUGUAGCUAACAUUGAAAUAUUUAACCAGAGACACAAUUUAUCAGUCCAAAUCCUUAGUACUCAUCGUUCCAUGAGAAAAACAACGGGCUGAGAGCGCUGACUUCCCUGAAUGUGUUGAACACAGAAAGAUAUGGCUGCCUGUGCCCCUCACUGUGAGCAAGAAGCCAAAGGAAAACUUUCUGCCUGAAAAAGAGUCACUGACAUUGAGAUGAGAUGACUGAAGGAGUUCUUUGAUGUGUAUGUACAAUAAUGUAAUCUGUACAUAUGUAAAAUCAAAUUAUGCCAUAGCAAGUUGGCUUGGAAUAGCAGCACUCUAUAUUCAGAUUGUUAAAAUAAUUAAACAGUGUUGCUUGGACUGACCAUUGUUACUUAAUGCAUCAUAGGAAAAUUUAACAUUAAUGUUGACUGGCAGCUGAACUAUGUCAUCUUUCCUUUAACAAAAUUUUCAUCCUAUAAAGUUCAUUGACAGUAAUUUCAUGUGUUGUAAAGAUGCCAGGGUUUUAUAUUUUUAUAGGCAAAUGAUAAAGUGGGCACUGGGUUGACUUUCACGUACUAAAUACCUCAACCUAUGGUAUAACGGUUGGCUGGGUUUCUCUGUAUGGUACUGGCGUGGUACGGGGAUGUUUUACGAUAUUGUCCAUCAGACUCCGUGUAACCUUCCCAAUGGGGUUUAAAAUGCAGCUUCUUUUGAUUUUCUUUUGUAAAUGUUUAGUUUUUUCAUAGUAAAGUGAUAAUUUCUGGAA